ACUAACUUAAUAUCUGGGGAAUGUCUGUACACUUUUAUUGAUGUGUAUUUUAUAGUAACUUGCUUGUCAUCCAUCUUGUGUAUCUACUUCCGUGUUCACUAUGCAACAUCCUUCCAGCUGGUGGUACGCUGUACAGUGGCUAUGGGAGUUUUGUACCCAAAAUGGUCUUCGCUGGCAUGUGAAAGCAGUUGGAUUAUAUGUAUGCAUUUUGUCGACGAAUAUAAAACCUAAACGACUUCGAUGGGGAUACGCGCAAAUACUGGCACUCCCAAAAAUGACGGAGCCGAACGAAGCCAAGGUUCAAGUCCUCUUGGACAUCAUCAACUCCUCCGCACACCAAGCAAUCGCGGAAUACAAGAAAACUGGCCAUGGAGUCCCUGGUAUUGACGCAGGCACCCUCCAUCCCCUCGACUUCGCGACGGAUGCACUUGCCCUCAGAAAGGCAAUUAGGCUACUCGAGGGUGCAUGCGAACAAUUGAACACCAUACUGGCUCCCCCCCAAUACACGGCACAUAAUUUCAUUAAUAAUUACAAUUGGGCGUGCAUAGACGUCGCCUUGCAAUCACGUAUUGCAGACGUCUUGGACAAACACCCGCAAGGUCUUAGUGUGGAUGCGUUGGCUAAUGCAGUCGACCACAGUAAAGCCAAGAUCGCACGCGUCUUGCGAGUUUUAGCCCUCAAGGGUUGUUUCAAAGAAGUUAAGCGAGACGUAUUCGCAAACACGCGACUCUCCCUCAUGCUCAAGUCAACAAACAACGUCGCGGCUUAUAUAGGUCAAUUCCCAAAACAUGUUGCGGCUCUCUAUGGGACUAUGAUGGACAAAGAGUUUGCAAAAUCAGGCGAGGUUGAAAAACCCCCUCGAGCAUCUAAUGUCAGAAAGGAAGGCAACAACAACAGUUUCUGGGAGACGGACGGCGAGAGACUCGAUAUAUUUCACAGAGGCAUGGCGGGCUAUUCUGAGAUUCAGUGCUCGUCUGCGGUGUUGCAUUAUUACCCUUGGGACAAUGUAUCCUCUGUGGUGGAUGUCGGAUCUGGAACGGGAGCCAUGUCUAUUCCUCUGACGAAAAUGUUCCCUCAUCUCAGAAUAACCAAUCAGGACCUCCCAGGAGCUUUAGAGAUGGCAAGAAAUGUGAGUUCAGAUAUCAGGUCCUCACCCAACGGACAAGUUAUGUUUAUAUUUGAUCAGGCAUGGGAGAAGAAUGCUCCUGAGGCGCUGCUCGGCGGGCACAUAGAGUUCGUGCCAUUGAAUUUCUGGGAGGAGUCGCCUGUUGUCGGAAAGGAUGUCUACUAUUUGAGGAACAUCAUUCACGACUGGCCGGACAAUGAGUCGAUGGUGAUUCUCCAUAAUAUUCGCAAAGUAAUGGGACCAAACAGCCGAGUGUUGAUUCAUGAGUGCGUGCUCUUGCGCAACUUCGAAGAGCCUGACGUAGGGGCUAACGAGUUUAGUAAGGAUCAUAAGGCACCCGACGAUACGUUGUUGAAUUUCGGUAGUCACACAGCAUACCAGCUUGACCUGCUCAUGUGGCUUGCUUUCAAUGGCAAGGAGCGAACCUUGAACGAAUUCAAGACUAUUGCGGCCAGUGCAGGUCUGGCGCUCACCCAAACCUAUGAUCUCGUAGGGACGAUGCUCUUGGAGUUUAGAAUCGCUCAGGACUGAUGCCGAACACAAUCUGCGAUCUUCUGUUAUUGUACUUUUACCCUCCCCAACCGAUCCUCCUAUGAUUCAACGAAGACGAUAACGACAAAGGAAACUUAGUCCUCUGAUGUGUU